AUGCCAAACAGAAUUCAACAUCGGCUGAACGACAGGAUUCGCGGGUCAGACAAGCUCGAUCGUCAAACUGAGAUCAAAAUGACCGACCCGAAUUUUGUCCGAAUAAAACCAGACCUGAGCAUUGGCAAGGGCAUACCGGACCGAGAACUUCCUGAUAGCACAUCUGGUCAGCCAGAAGAUACUUUGCUUCAGAAAGAUCGAAGAGCUACCAAACGAUGCUCAUUGAGGGACCCCAUACACAUGAGUAGCAUCGCAGCAAGAGCAUCGCCCUACCAAUCGGGACAGAAUGAGCAUCUGCAAACUAGCAGGGCGAAGCUGAUGCAAGAGAAUAUGCACGAUGCCAAUGAUCGUACUCGCCUUUCACUUGCCUUCGCAGUGGCAGCCGAGGAUCUCGAAACAUCCUGUGCCGCCAAUCUGACUGAAGUCCGCAUUGCGUACAAGCUGGCAGACGAGGAACACACUUUCGACAGCAAUGCUUAUGUUAAGACCGUGCCUAUCAAGGCGGGAGGUCGCAAAGUUGAUGCGAUGUUGCAACGCAUCGUGGACGCAGAAAGCUGA